GGGGCAUUGAAUAUUGCAUGACCUCUAUUUGGGCGGUUCUUUUGCGACAGUUUUUUCUGUAUGUUAUUUAGUAAAUAUCUUCGGGGAGUUUGGUUGACUUGUGCUCUUAUUUUACUCUGUACAUGUCGCAGAUCUGUCCUGUGCAGUUUCUUCGACAUUCCAAUAGUUGAAAACUUCAGGUAUUUCGAAAAUAAUUCGGACAUAUUUGACGAGUCAACUGGUUUUUCCUAUGACCCCCUGAGUCCUUUGGUUAAGUGCUCUUACCUUCCUCGUCAUUCCAUUUGGUGUGAGCCGCCUUUAGAUUUAAGAGGUAAUAGGUCUCUGUAUGAUGAGAUAAAAUAUGGAUGUUUAAAAUGGGGUGGGAGAACUGCGAAUUCAGUAAUGCUCACUUCGAUUGUAUGUCACGCUCUGGACAAUAUUGAGUGCUAUGGAAAUCGAACAUUCUUGUUGCCAGACUACCCAUGUUUACAUUUCAAAGGCCACUAUUUUGUGACAACGUUUAUAUACAGCUUACUGCUUGGCUUUCUUGGCGUUGAUCGUUUGUGUCUUGGUCACAUCGGAACAGGUAUCGGGAAGCUACUAACUUUGGGUGGUGCUGGUAUAUGGUGGCUAGUGGACAUUGUACUUCUUAUCCGUGGAGAUUUAAGUCCUGCAGAUGGAAGCUCAUGGAUGCCUUUUUAUUGAUUCCUUGUAAAAUUUAUUAUUAAAACUUGUCAUUUAUUACUGCUUUGUUUUCAUUCAAAGGUUUUUGCUGGUUUAACGUGUAUUUGGAGAGUUCAGUUAUGUCACUCGCUGAAUAUCACAUACUUGACGAGGACACCCAGUUUAUGGAGAAGUAUCCUAAUGGUCUUUCUUUAGAAGACCUACUACCGUUUUACGAUUCUGUCGCGAAAAACGAACCUCUCAAGUUAGAGUGGGUUUGUCCGGGAAAAAUUGACCCAAAUGCUCAGAGGGAAACAACUAAUGUGCAUACAGAAGCGAAUGAUACUUCUCUUCCAAAGGUCUCAGAAUCACUGUCUAGUAUAGUAAAGUUGAAGGAGUUUGAUUUUGAUGAAUCUACGAAUCAACCAUUAAUUCCUGCUGUUCCACUUGGUUCUGCAGCACCAAUUCGACGCCUCGCAGGUAGUACCAGAAACCCACCUCGUCAACCACGUGUAGCCAGUAUGGAUAAAAUAUUAAAUGACUUCUUUAAGACGCGCAAAGAACCAUCUUCACCUGUAGUUACUACAGAAGUUUCCACCACAUCUGUUACUGCAAAAUCGAAUAGUCAGUCAAUGGAAUUUUCUCAAGCAACUCGUAUUUCUUCUGAAACAAACAAAGAAAAUCCUGAAGAAGAUAAACAAGAAGCUCUUGCUGUUAAAUUGGCAAAAACUUCAGUGUCUCCGCAAGUUGCUUGUAGCAGUUCAGAUAAUUUAUCUUCUGAUUUUGUAGCAUCACACAAUAACAGCAGCAUACUACAUUUUUCAACUGAUCAAGGGAAUCCAGUCUUCUGUAAUUCAGAUGAAAAUGCACCUGACGAGACAAAAAUGGAAUGUAGUAAAAAGGAGGAGACAGAAAAGCUCGUGGACAACACAAAUUCUUCUGAUCCCCCUAAUGUAUCAGAUAACCAAAUGCCUCAGACAAAUAUUCAUACUGUGCUUUAAGACGAGAACACAUCAUUCCGUUACAAUCACUCAGCAGUAUGAUCUCCCCGACAAUGAAUUGACCACUUUCGUCCUCUUACUAUAAUAAUGUAUAUAUGUAUUUAGAAACAUUAUUUCAUCAUGUUACUCAGUUUUUUCAAGGCAAUUGUAUACUUUUUUCUUCUAAUAAAUAUUUAGUAC